UAGAAUGGAAAUUCGCGAUUACAAUUCAGUUUAAUUUGAAUUGAGUAAUGAAUUCUAAACAUAGGUGUUGCAAUGUGACGUCUAUGUGUGGUCGGACCCUUUGUGAAGGGAUUGUUUUUAUAGGAAUUGUUACAGUAAUUGUAUCGUCAACACUGCUUAUAUAUUCAAGUAUAUAUUUCGUUCGACUGACAUCUGCACCGAAGCCUUACAAUAGUCAUCCUGUUUUGGCUAUUAAUAUGAUUUUUGCCUUAGUUUGUACAAGUUUAUCUGUUUACCAAAUAAUAAUAUCUUUAUUAUUAUUAUGGCAAUCCAUGAAGGUAAAACAAAAUAUAUACCUGUGUUCUCUGUGGUACGUGUCACACUUGUCCAUUUUGGCGUUGUACAUGAUCCUCUGCUGCGCAAAAACUGUUGUUUAUCUCAAACAAAAACUGAUCUGGUCAGCAGUCUUUACGAUUUCUAUGGGAUUAACAUAUCAAGGUACAUAUAUAUACUUUUGUGUUGUGGUCAAUAGUUACUUAAAUACUCUAGAUCAAGACAGAUAUUUUUAAUAUAUUCGAAUUAUUAUU